AAGCAAGCAAGAAGACCUUCAGUGUUCGUCAUCAUGCUGUUGUUCUUCUGUUCCGAACCAACAAAGGGACAACACUGCCACCAACGCAUAAGCGGGCACGCAUGCAUGCAUGCAAGGCAAAGGGCCAAAGCGCCAAGGUCACCCGCGCCAUGAACAGCUAGCCAGAACGACCGACAAUGACACCGCGGAGAAGGUGGUCCAUUGUCAUUUACGCCAGCCAGCAGCAGAUCAGAACAUCUGACCAAGGGACAUAGCACACAGCUACCACAACAACAACAACGGCUGCAGCCACUCGUCGUUGCAAGCACGCACACAGCACACCAACAAUCGUUGCAAACACGCGUCUCCCUUGCACACUUGCACAGCUGUCCAAUCAGUGAGGUGAGACCCUCCAAGGCAACGUCACUGGCGCAGUCUUGUCAACAAACAAACAACCGACGACAACCUCAACAGCACCUCGACACCUGUGUUGUGGACACCUUCUACAGACCGCUAUAGCCUCGUCUCUUCUCAUUCUCCCCUAAGCCACACACACACACACACACAUACAGACACACACACACACGCACACAUACAGACACACAGACACACACACACUCACAUCAACGACCUUCGGAGCCUGAAGUCCUUGCCCUUCCCGAGUGUAGCACAGCGACAAGCAACGCGCUCUCGAGGGCAGCAUGUCGACAUCCCUUCGUCCACGCCCACGCCAAGCUCGCAGGAGCAGCGUCCACUCCAGCAGCAGCACACCAGCCAAGCACAUCUUCGCCCCUUCCUUCAUGGGCAGCAUGACGUCCACCAAGGACUACGAGCGCGUCUUCGAGGCUGCACGCACCGGCAAAUGCCACGUGAUUCGCCAGCGCUCCUCAGAUUGGGUGCGCACACAUGGGCUCAUUGAAGGCAUGGGCUUUGUCUUUGACACCAAGGUCAUCAAGCGCUGGACAGACGGCAUCACAUGGUCCGAUUCCAUUCACCCGCAUGGCGGAAAUGUCAUGAUCUACCGUGAGCUCACGCGCCAGGCCACGCGGUCAAAACGCCUCAGUGAAGUGAAGGAUGGCCUGCGCAAGAAAACGCUCAAGGACCCAAAGUCCACGCUCAAGGUCGUCUAUUACUACAGAGAAAGAUCUGCAGAUAAAUACGGGACAUUGACAAUGUUCAACCCUGGAACAAUGUACUCAGGCCACGACCAGAGCGAAAUCGACAGUGCCUUCUUUCUGCUCGGCCUGCGGGACCUUCGCGUUUACUGCCUCCCCAAUGGCAAGACACACAAGGAGUGGGCAAACUCCACAAGCCGCCCGGCGUCAGCGUCGCCCUCACCAUCGGACACAUCCGACGCCGCAUCGGAGCCAGAGGUGCUCGUCGCCACCCCCAGUGCACAUGUCCCGCGCGUGCGGGCAGCCGCGCCCAAGGCAGUGCGGCGACGCAGCAGUGGCGGACGCAUGCUGCGUCCUACUGCCAAGCUGGCCAGGUCCUCGUCACAGCAGCUCUUUGGCCGCCCAGUAUCGCCAGUCAUGCCACCCAUGCAACAACAACAACAACAACAACAACAACAACAACAACAACAACAUGUGGUGCGGCCUCUACUCGAUGGCAACGACAUUCGCCCGCACAGCUCGGCAUCAGACGCGGAGCCGGUUGCGCUUGUGGAGGAGGAUGUGCAGCACAUGCUCAGCAGACACGCUGGCAGCGACUCCCCUCACCCUGACGAAGAACGGUUCUGCCUCCUCAUCCACCUCUUCGCCACAAGACAUGGCCACAUCCCGUACAGCAGCAGCGGCAGCGGCAGCAGCACACCUGGCUUUCACUUCGUCGUGCGCGCCGCACAUGUGGCACCCGGUUCCUCACUACCACCGCCACAUGUUGCCUCGAUCUGA